AUGGAUGACGACGAUUUCGUCGAUUUUGCUCUUUACGUUGCAAGGAUAACAGAGGAAGGACGCCUCACAGCGUGUCAACGACUGCGUGACUGGAGCAAUCAUUUUGAUGUGUACGGGCGGCAGGACUUCGAAAGAAAGUACGGCUUCCCGAAGGAGCUUGUGUGUGACUUCGUGGAAAUGCUAGGCCUACGAAGUUGUGUCAACAACCGAGGGAGCCCAUUGCCACCCGUUUACCAGUUGCUUUUGGCCCUCCGUUUUUAUCGCACGGGCUCGUUUCAGAUGGUAAUCGGCGAUGUCGUCAACGUGAGCCAGCCAACAGUGUCGCGGGCAAUUGCAACAUUGUCAAGAGCGCUUGCAAGACUCCGGCCGGAUCAUGUGAGACUGCCAACGCCCGAUGAAAUUCCAGACGUACGUCUGCAGUUCUACAAGAUCGCAGACUUUCCUGGCGUCACAGGAUGUAUAGAUGGGACACACAUACCAAUACAAAGUCCCGGUGGUGAAAACGCCGAACUGUUUCGCAACAGGAAAGGAGUCUUCUCGGUGAAUGUCCAAGUUGUGUCCGGACCCAACCUGGAGUUCUACGAUAUUGUGGCAAGCUGGGCUGGGUCAACUCACGACAGCCGCAUUCUGCAGAAUAGCAGAUUUGGCACCUUGUUGGAGAAUUCGCAGUACCCAGGUAUCAUCCUUGGAGACGCUGGCUAUGCCUGCAAGCCACAUCUUCUCACACCUUUGUUGAAUGUACAGACUGCCAGUGAGGAAAGGUAUAAUAAAGCUCACAUCAAAACAAGGAACUCGAUCGAAAGAGCUUUCGGAGUCUGGAACCGGAUGUUCCCUUGUCUCACAAAGAAGCUGGCAACAAAGUUAGAGACGACAGUUGCCAUAAUCACUGCCACCGCUGUCCUCUACAACAUCUGCCGAAAAAGAAACCUGCUGACCAUGCCGGAUGAAACAGAAGAGGUCGACAGUGAGGCUGUGGAGAAUGCCACAGAUGAUAGAUUAGGGGUGGCAGCAAGACGUGCAUUCAUCCAGCGACAUUUCAGCAGUUAG